GCGUGGUGUUGGCAGGACGUUUUCGCGGUUUUUUUACGAAAUGUCUUAAAACUUGAAUUCAGAGUCGCCUAUUUUGUUUAUCUAUGUUUAUAGUGCUAACUGUGAAGUGCUUCAAAGUAUUACUGGAUAUACCAUUGAUAACAGACAAUAUAUCGAACGGGUAUUCGUGAGUGCGUAGCGCACUCUGUCGGCGAUUGGCGGAGAGAGGUAGAGACGCGCGGGAGGUGAGGCUUCUUCCCCCCUACUUCAGUCGCCUUCAACACAGUUAGUAGAGAGGACGUAUCGCUGUGUGUAGCGCGGCGAGCAUAGUUCGCGCUCCAACUUUGAAUAGUGAUAGUGCACGAACAACAGAGUGUGAGAAAAUUACAUAUUGGAUUGCGGUGAAAACGUAUUGGAUGCAGUGAAAGGAUUCAAACCUAAUUGGAUUGCAGUGUUUUUUCGGAUUGAAAGGCCGAGGAAGAAGCUUCCAAACUGGGGAUGCAUAAGAUGGAGUUGGGUGACAGCGUGUACGCCGCCGAGCGUAUCAUGAAGAAGAGGAUUAGAAAGAACAAAGUCGAGUACUACGUCAAAUGGAAAGGGUGGAAGCCGAAGCACAACACCUGGGAGCCCGAGGAGAACAUCCUCGAUCCGAGGCUCAUCCAGAGCUUCGAGCGGGGAGAGGACUCGAGGCGCCAGGGCCGCAAGAGGGAGCGCGAGCAUUCGCCCGCGGAGCGCGCGCGGAGCGGCUCCGAGGAGGGGCCCCCGCCGCCGGGCAAGCGGAAGGCCGAGGUGCUGUCGAAGGAGUCGGGCAAGAUCGGGGUCACCAUCACCAUGAGCCCGCCCGCGCACCGGCACGACUCUAUCAAAGUGAACGGCAGUCGGAGCCACCCGCACGGGCCGCCGGCCGCCGCGCAGCCCGGCGGGGCCCCGGCGCCCGCGUCCCCCGCCGCCGAGGCCGCCGCGCCCCGCACGGGGCCCCGCCGCGGGCCGCACUCGCCGGAGCAAGCGGACGCCCACACUCCUCCGGAGCGGGAGCGCCGCACCGACUCGCAGCCCGCCGCCGCCGCCCCCGCCGAGCCCCGCGGCGCGCGCCCCGAGGCCCCCGCGCGGCCCGAGGCCCCCGCGCGGCCCGGGGCCCCCGCGGCGCCGCCCCCGCCGCCGCCGGCGCCCGCGCGGCGCCCGGCCGCCUACUGGUCGUCGCGGUCGCCGGUGGCCGACCAGAUCUUCAUCACGGACGUGACCGUCAACCUGCAGACCGUGACGAUCCGCGAGUGCAGGACGCAGGACGGCUUCUUCAAGACUCGCGAGGGCAGGCCUCUCGACGUCACGUAAGACGUCACGCGUCCCGCGGCUCUGCGACGACGGGACAUUAUCUAGCGUGUAUUUAUUCGAUGAAAUGUGAUGUGACCGAACCGUGCGCCGCGGCCUGUGGAAGCGGCCAUUGUAAAUAUGACGACUUAUUGUCAAUUGUUAAAUAUAGAUGGUCUAUUGUUUGUUGAACUAUUAUUAGCGGUGAGCCGGUGCUCGCUCCUGCCAGGUACCUGUUCAGAUCCCGGUGUCACUCCUGACAUCAUAACUUUAGCGUAUUUAUUUAAAGGCAUGUCAUUAAUUUAUAUACUCUAAAUGUACUUGUCUUAUAAAAAGAAUCUCUGAACAUAUAGCAUUUAAACAAUUGAGUUGAACAGAUAAAGAAAAACGUUUUCUUUUCAUAUUAACGGUUCAAACACUUUUUGGCAAAUCAUACAAUUCAUUUUUUCACUGUAUUUAUGCAAAUUAACGAUUAUUGAUAUAUAUAUAUAUAUAUAUAUGAAUGAUUUUCCAGAAACAGAGAGAUGAAUUAAAUUUAUAGUGUUAAUAUCAUAAUUAAGAAGCAUAUGUAUAAUUAAUAUUGAAUAUCAACUUAUAAUAAACACUUGUUUUCUUCAAAAUGUCAUAUAUAUAUCUAAGUUAUAACAUUAAUCCAGACAAAAUAAGUUAAGCUCCAGUUUAUAAUUAUUUUAGUCUUAUUUUAUGUGUAAAUAUUAAUUAUUUAUAUUUAUGAUGAAUUUGUUUUAAUUAUUUUGUUAUGUUAUUGGUCUGUUAUGGUUAAAUUUAUUUUUAUUUUUUCAUACAAACAUACAUAUGACACAGUCAGCAAAUUAAAUCCUCAGCAGUGAUACUUAUCUGCACAAUAUAAACUUAGUUUUAUUUGAGUUUAAUACAUUUAUAUCGUAAGUGCCACAACUUCAAUAAAUUGGUGUUAAUAUUAAUUAAUUGUGGUCCUUUGUUUAUGAAUUAAGGUUUUAUUAUGGUACAUACUAGUUUAUUUACAAAUAUGUAUUUCAAUAUAGUAGGGUACAUGCAGUACAGUAAACUUUUUACAGUAAAUUAUUGUGAUUGUGACAUUGACCUUACUGAAAUACUUUUUUAAUAUUUUAAUGUGGGAUAAAAUUGUUUUCUAAUGACGUUUAUUGUCCCAACGACAUAUUCGUUUAUUCAAAUUAAUAGAACAUUAAGUGGACGAAAUUCCGACAACAGACUGACUUCGCUAAACGUAAAAUUAUGAAAUUUAAUUAGCGAUUGUAGUAUCGUGUUUGAUUAAAAUAUUUUUGAAAUAGUAAUUGUAGAUUUAUAAUGCCUGCAUUGACCCUAUUGUAAUUAGUAAAUAUAUUGGGUAUGAACUGUACGAAUAUAUGUCAAUAAAAAACUCAAUAAUUAGUGAAUUAUUAAGAUGCUAUAUCCAGCAUAACAUUGAAUAUUCAUAUAAUUUGCUGUUAAAUUAAUUACAUUACAGUGGUAUUUGGGAGUUCCUUUAGGCCUAACAAUAAUAAGGUGCAGUUAAUGAGUAAAAUAAUUAUUAACUGUUAGACUUACAAUAGUACUAAUUAGUCAUACUAUAGUACAUAUCAUAAAACAUUACAACCAUCUAAUCUGUGUGAAAUUAAAUUAUUGUGGAGACUAACGGAUGUUCCCAAUAUUCAGUCUAUCUCUUACUUGAGAUAAUAAUCGUAACUAUCGUUGACUUUUCUGUCGCAAUAAACUUUUCGACGGUAACUCACCUUAUCCGUACACGCUGUCUGUCAAUGGGACGACGUAUGAUAGCUUACCAGCGGUAGAAGUUUUUAUUGAAAUUUCAAUUCACGCGUCCCAAUAUAAGGCGAUAAGAAUGACUUAUCGGAUAUAUUGGGACAGCUUCAGAUUAUUGACAGCUAAUUACUGACAGUAGAAGGUUAGUAAUUUAUCUCUAUCUGUAGAUAGUAUAUUGGGAACAGCCGUAAUACCGACCCUAAAUUUUAAUGAAAUAUUCAGUUUGUAUACCCCAUAUUUAAACGUUAAAUAUAGCAGUGAAAGCUUAUAAAUAUGUAUUAACCAAAACCACAGAGUCCUGUGAAAGGGCCUAUAGUAAGGCAUACAAUCUAAAUAAACUAUACAAGUUAUUAAAAUAGAAAAAACAUAUUUUGUCCCUUUCAUUAUUGUUAUUUAAACCCUAAUUGUUCCUUUAUUAUUAAGUCAAAUGUUGCAUUAGGUAAGCUAUUAUUCCAAGUUUCAAUGAUUUCAAGUGUCAUUUAUGUUAAAUGUACUUUAUUUAAUUGUAACGCAUUUUUAGUUUUAUAUUUAAUGUUGUAAAUAGUGUAUAUAUUAUAUUGUAUAUUGAUAGGGAGCACUUGUUUUAUAUUGUGAUAGUUCUCACUUAUGAUACUCUGUAAAUAAAUGAAAUUUAAUUAGUA